UCUGCAUUGAGUUGAAUUUACACGUCCAAAACAGUUUCUCCGUGCUUAAAAGAUCGCGAAGUAAUACAUUAACGGGUACUUAUCAGUAUAGGACCGUGAUUGACUUUGUCUGCAGUCUUAUAAUAACCGUCACACUUUAAAGCACAAAAUAGGAAGACAUUUUUUCGAUAAUGACGGCAGUGACACGAGAGGAGUUCGGUACUGCUCCUGGUCUUGGUAACGUGUUGAAGUGGACGCUACAGUCACAGGACGUAACUGUAGUUAUAAUCUCUUCUGGCUGUGCCAUAACCUCUAUCACAGUGCCAGACCGAGAGGGGAACAUCGCAGAUAUAGCGUUGGGCUUCGACGACUUAGAAAGUUAUCUGACUAAUCCACCCCAUUUUGGAGCUGUGGUGGGUCGUGUUGCUAACCGUAUCGCCAAGGGCCGGUUUGUGGUGGACGGACGAGAAUAUAAGCUGGCCAUUAAUAAUGGGCCCAACUCUCUGCAUGGGGGCCUGAAAGGAUUUGACCGAGUAUUAUGGGACAGUGAGCCAGUGGACAGUGGAGUGAAACUGAGCUACUGUAGUUCAGAUGGAGAAGAGGGUUUUCCUGGAAACCUGAAGGUGUCGGUUACUUACAGACUGGAGAAAAACACACUGAUUAUGGAGUGCAGUGCCCAGACUGAUCAAACCACACCAAUCAACUUGGCGAACCAUUCAUACUUUAAUCUGGCUGGACAUGGCACACCAGACAUUUACGACCACGAGGUGACCAUCUCGGCUGAAUCCUACCUUCCUGUGGAUGGUACCAUGAUUCCUACAGGAGAAAUCAAAUCCGUCGAGAACUCUCCCUUUGACCUCCGAACACCCGUUCUGACUGGACCACGGCUGAAGGAGCUCCCUGGCCCUGGUUUUGACCACAACUUCUGCCUUUGCUCUCCUGGGGAGCCGAACGUGGAGCGCAAGUGUGCAAGAGUGGUCCAUCCAGGGACUGGCCGUGUUUUGGAGGUGAGUACUACCCAACCGGGUCUGCAGUUUUACACUUCCAACUUCUUGGAUGGGACCUUGCGAGGGAAAGGCGGGGCUUCGUAUCCCAAGCACAGUGCGUUCUGUCUGGAGACUCAGAACUGGCCAGACGCUGUCAACCAGCCUGGGUUUCCUGAAGCCUUGCUGAGACCUGGAGAAGAAUACAAACACACUACACGCUUCACUUUCACAGUUGUCUAAAAACACACACACACACACACACACACACAUACACAGACAACCUUAAAUACUUGACUCUCUUGUCUAUGUUGAGCCUACAAAUGUACAAAUCAGUCUGUCAUAAUUCUCAAAUGGUAUGUAGACAAAUGUCAUAAUUUUUCAAAGAUUCCAGUAUUCUUGCAGUAUUGCAAGAUGUGCAAAAGAAAUGGACCAAUGUGACCAAGCCGUUGUUUGUAUCUCCCGAUAAGUAUGGGGAUAACAGGAGAGGCAGGACAAAACGCAAAUAAAGCCAGACACAAGUCUCGUUUUUCAUGUUAA